ACCUUUGUUUAAGUUUUUGGAGCAUUCUGUAUAUAUAUAUAUACACACACUCUAUAAUAAAAUUGAAAAGUCUUCAAUUAAGCAUACUUUCUGCAUCGGUAGUUCUUUUUCCCUCCUAUCGAGAAAGUCCCUUCCUCUUUACUUAAGAUUCAUUGAUACCAUUCCUUAAUUUAUCAUUUUUUUCUCAUAAAAACCCCUUAUGAUCACAUUUUAGCUAGCAGCUUUUAUUUGCUAUAUUAUUUGCAUAUAUGGGGGCUGGUUUUUCUAGCUUGGUGGAUCAUGAGAAAUUAACAAGUAAUACUGCUCCUUCAGAGACUGGCCUUGGAGAUUUGCCAGAGAGCUGCGUAGCUUUAGUUCUUACACAUCUGGACCCCACUGAGAUCUGUAAAUUUGGUCACGUGAACAGGACAUUCCGUCAAGCUUCAUUGGCUGAUGUUGUUUGGGAACCAAAGUUGCCUGAAAAUUAUCAAAUUCUUGUGAAAAAUUACCACUUGGAAGAAGAGUCAUGUGGCUUAACCAAGAAAGAGAUAUUUGCGAGAUUAUGUCGUCCAAAUCACUUUGGGAGUAGCAACUACAAGGCGUUUUGGAUGGAAAGAAAUAAAGGGGUAUGUGUGUGUAUAUCGUGGAAGGAAAUGAAGAUAACAGGCAUAGAAGACCGCAGAUAUUGGAACCAUAUGCCAUCUGAUGAAUCAAGAUUCAGGACAGUUGCAUUUCUCAAACAAAUAUGGUGGGUAGAAGUGGAAGGUAACCUAGAAUUCGAAUUCCCAGCAGGAAAUUACAGCCUAUUCUUUCGGCUUCAGCUGGGAAAAACGUCGAGAAGACUAGGCCGACGAAUCUGCACCGUUGAUCAAAUCCACGGCUGGAAUAUCAAACCAGUACAGUUUCUACUAUCAACAUCAAAUGGCCAGCAGGCAACUGCACAGUAUUACUUGAAUGAGCCAGGAAAGUGGAUAAAUUAUCAUGUGGGAGAUUUUGUGGUGGACAAGUACUCUAGCAUGCCAACAAAGUUAAAGUUCUCAAUGACUCAAAUCGAUUGUACACACACUAAAGGUGGUCUUUGUUUAGACUCCGUGCUCAUUCUUCCUGCUGAGAUUGGACCAACAAAAGUAGGUUUAACUUGUUAAAUUGUAGGAAUAGAAUUGAUGAAAUUAUGUGGGUCGCACCUAGAGUGUGACGUACCAAUUGAUAAAGUGUACAUGUGAAAAUCAUGGAAAAUCGGAGGUCACUUUACAGUAGAGGGAA